AUGGAACCUUCCAGCUUCAACUUUACAUUUUCAUUCAGUGAGAUUUUUCAAAUUCUAGCUGACCAGUCCUGUGCCCGAAAAACGUAUAAAUCCAGUGACGUCAACAUUGUAUGUGUUUGUAAUUCGACGUUCUGCGAUGAUAUUGAGCCCGUUAUCGAAAUUCCCAGUGAGAAAGCCGUUAUGUACGUCUCAUCGCUUGCUGGAAAACGCUUUGAAAAGUCAUUACUACCAAUUUCCACGGAAAAUGUUCCUGAUAAGUGCACGAUUUCUUUAGUGUUUGAAAGACUGUGUUUGGAAAGUAUAAUUCGAAGGGAAUGUUCUUUUUUACUAGACAGCGUGAAGAUCGUGGUCGACGCAGGAAAACAGUACCAAUCCAUAAUUGGAUUCGGUGGAGCAUUCACGGAUUCAGUUGGAAUCAAUUUGGAUUCGCUCAGUGAACGCACUAGAUAUAAGCUAUUGGAAUCCUACUUUGGCAAAAAUGGUUGGUUCUGUCAUCAUCCAGGCAUUCAGUACAGCUUGGCACGGGUUCCUAUUGCAAGCACAGAUUUCUCUACAAGAGAGUACAGCUAUGCCGACGAAGUUGGUGAUCUGAAAAUGGAGAAAUUCUCAUUAGCAGACGAAGAUUUUAAAUACAAGAUACCUUACAUUUUGUCAGCAAUGAACCUAACUAGUGGUAAUAUUCGACUUUUUGCAUCACCAUGGAGUGCACCCGGUUGGAUGAAGACGAAUGGUCGUAUGAAGGGUGGUGGAUCAUUGAAAGGUGAAGUCAAUGGAGAGUACUAUCGUUCGUAUGCUACUUAUCUCGUGAAAUUUUUCGACGAAUACGUGAAGAAUGGCAUUCCAUUUUGGGGUAUGACCAUGCAAAACGAGCCCUCAACUGGUGCAAUACCGUGGUACAAAUGGCAAACGAUGUUUUUCAAUCCACAGAUACAGAGGGAUUUCGUCAAAGUUACUCUUGGUCCGCUAUUUAAAAGCAAAGAAUCUACUAUGCAUCUGAAAAUUAUGGCAUUCGAUGAUAAUAGGAUUUUUUUGCCGGGUUGGGCUGACACGAUCUAUGGCGAUCCAAAUGCAAGCAAGUAUGUGGAUGGAAUUGGAGUGCACUGGUAUCUGAACACCCUUAUGCCGGCAGCGGUACUUACGACAACUCAUAACAGACAUUCAGAUAAAUUCAUACUCGCCACAGAGGCAUGUGCUGGUGCGCUUUUGGUUCGUGGACCUAUAAUGGGCGACUGGUAUCGAGCGGAAAAGUACGCUGCAGAUAUAAUCACGGACCUCAGCAAUUUCGUAGCUGGCUGGACUGACUGGAACAUAUGUCUGAAUGAAAAUGGUGGGCCUAAUUGGGCGAACAAUUUUGUGGAUUCACCAAUUAUUGUAAACGCGACAGCAGACGAGUUCUACAAGCAGCCUAUGUUUUAUGCGAUGGGACACUUCAGGUACGUAAUUGUUAAUUGGUUUGCCUUCUUGCUUAUCACUCUUGUUGAGAACAAUGCGAAUUGUAGUAAUUAA